CUUUUGUCCAGCCGCCGAGAUGAGCGAGCUUAACACCAAAACAUCCCCAGCAGCCAACCAGGCACCUGGCCCAGAGGAAAAGGGGGAAGCUUGCAAUGCCAAGAAGGCCGAGGGGGGGGAGGAGGAGGUGGACAUCGACCUGACAGCGCCGGAGACAGAGAAGGCUGCCCUGGCCAUUCAGGGCAAGUUCCAGCGAUUCCAGAGGAGGAAAAAGGACCCCAGCUCCUGAGUGCCAGCCUCGCCCUCC